GCGUUGUUCCGCUACUGAAUGACGGAUGUGACGUAAAUGAAACUGCGACAUUUUCUGCUUCUACAUUCACGUGGAGUAUUUGCAGUCUAGCAACAAGCACCCGAUCGUUAACGAAAAUGAAACAGGCCAACGGAGUUGUAAAACCUAAGACGAGGAGGGCUAAGCGCUUUCUCGACAACAGAGCUUCCAAGCUUACAGAAAACGUCAAGAAUUCCAUGAUAAUGAAAGGGGGCAACACCAGUCUGACUGUCACUCAGGCGCUGAAAGAUAUUUAUUCCUUGAAGAAACCAAACGCAGUACUGUACAAAAAAAAAAAUAUAACCAGGCCAUUCGAAGAUUCCACAUCCUUGGAAUUCUUCUCAAAGAAAACAGACAGUUCUCUGUUUUUGUUUGGCUCACACAAUAAGAAAAGGCCUAAUAAUCUUAUAUUUGGUCGUCUUUUUGAUUUCCAUGUGCUGGAUAUGAUUGAGCUGGGCAUUGAGACGUACAAAUCUCUAAGUGACAUCAAGACAAGUAAAUGUCCAGAGGGAACCAAACCAAUGCUAGUUUUUGCAGGGGAGGCUUUUGACAAUGACAACGACCACAAACGCAUGAAGAGCCUUCUUACAGACUUCUUCAGAGGUCCUGUGGUGCCAUCGGUUCGCCUUGCUGGUCUGGAACAUGUUCUGCACUUUACUGCUCUGGAGGGGAAGAUCUACAUGCGCAGCUACAGAUCGCUCUUGAAGAAGUCUGGAUGUCGGACACCGAGAAUUGAGUUAGAAGAGAUUGGGCCGUCGUUUGACUUUGUUUUGCGGAGAACCCACCUAGCAUCAGAUGAUCUGUACAAGAAAGCUCACAAACAGCCCAAGGCCCUGAAGCCCAAGAAAAAGAAGAACAUUUCCCACAAUACAUUUGGUACCAAGUUUGGAAGGUUGCACAUGCAGAAGCAGGACCUGUCCAAGCUGCAGACGCGCAAGAUGAAGGGCCUUAGGAAGAGGGGCCGGCCCGUUGUGGAGGGAGAGGCGUCCCUGAAAACAGCAGAUACAGAAUGAAGUCUUCCCAGGCCUUUAAGGACAUUUCACAAGGUCGUGUCAUCAAGCCGCCAUCGUUGAGUGACAUUCAGACCUGUCGUCAAUUAUUGCGUUCUACAAAUACCUUCCGCAGGUAUGGUUGUUCUGUUUCACGACCACUAUGUGGUGGUGCGCUUGUCAGUAUCUCUAGUUAAUGCCUUUAAAAUAAUCUUGAUUUUGAAUGCUUGUGAGCAUGUCAGAUGUAUGUGCUUAGAUGGUAUUGUUCUACUGUUUAGUAUGUUCAUUUUCAUCUGCUGGCGCAUCAAGGAACUAUUUUCUCAAUUAUUAGCUUUCCACAUCUUGCGGUGUAGAGCUCCUGUAUACUCUGGGAUGUUUUUGUAAUGGCAAGGGGAAAACUGAAUGGUUGGCGGUUGUCAAUAAAAACAUGUAACUUUGUUGAAGGAACUGUAA